GACAAUCAACGGGUAACAUGUAGAGGUGAAGUGGAGGACAAUCAACAGCUGACUGACCAGAGCAAUGUUUAUGUAUUGCAACUGACUGACCUUUGGCUGUACGUGACUAUGGUGAAGGGAGAGAAUAUUUACCGCGUCCUUCUGUCCUGUGGAUUGGCGUUUCUUGCCACAACCAGCUGUGUGUUCGUCGUCAGAAGUCUGCACCAGGACAAUGGUCUGCUCGACCGACAGCUAACUCAGGCCAAAAAGAGCCUUAUGGAAAACACAAACUGGAAAUUGGAUACGUACGUAAUAUAUAAAACAUUUGACGGAGACGGUGACGGGAAGUUAACGAAAAAUGACCUGACGGCCAUGAUGCUGGUGGCUGCCAUGGACCGGAAGCAAGCAGAAGCAACCGCUGGAACCUUGUCGAUCGUGGGUGACACGGACUGGGACGGUCGGCUCACUGUGGAAGAAUUUAAACAACUAUUCGGGAUAAACAGUUAGAAGUUCACUUCUCUUCAAUAACACUUCACCUGGAUGAGGUGGUUGACGUAAUUAAGGGUCAUGGCGGAGACACAGUCCUGGAUUACUCUGCAUAUUCCCCAGGGAACGUCAAUGAGAUACAGUCGGGAAAUUACAAGUGGAUCCAGACACAAACAACAACUUCUUGAAAAUCUCACUGAAAUGUGAAUGAAAUCUCGUGACAAGGAUUUUAAAAUUAUAAAGUAUGUGUAGCUGAAAAUAAAGAGCCAUUCAUCUACUGCUACGAGAAGAAAUUGGCAUCUUUUUCUGGUCUCAGGACGGUGAUUGAGGAUACCUAGCGUCGCAAACAGGAGCCACAACAUGACGUCAUAUUAUUGCGCUACAGCCUGGCGUCAGAACUUGUGCUUUUUUGGCUUUCUGUCGCCACUAUCAACGUAUUUCCUGGAACAUCUGUGUAAAAGCCUUCGGCUACUGCGGAAAACUUACUGACAUUUCUGUGGUACGUAUGGUCAAUAUGAAACAGACCAGUUGUACAACGUCAAUCACCACACUUAGCCUAUAGCCGCUACUCUGUGUUUACAUAGGGGCGUGAAGGUUACACGGCCGAACUUUUCUACAUCUAGAACCUUACAUUAACACUGAUUAACACGUGACAAAGAUUUUCUAUAGUCGUCCAUAUGAAGGGUACAUUUUGUAUUUUCAUACAGUUUUAACCUUCUGUGCCUCUGGAUCCCCUCUCUAGUUUAUUUAUGUUCCAGUAAUAAAAAAUUUAGUGACAAACCCAUUGCGCUGCAUGCAUCUAGCUUAUUGAUAUAAUUUCUUUGUACUUGACGUAAACUUAAGUUUCUCCGGCCGUACGUCGGAAGGUCUGCAGCAACCUGUGGAUGAUCGGGGAUUUUCACGGGGCUCUGCCCGGUUUGCUCCCACCAUAAUGCUGGCUGCCGUCGUAUAAGUGAAAUGUUCUUGAGUACCGCGUAAAACACCAAAUAGAUAAAUAAAUAAAUAAACAAACUUAAGUUUUAAAUAAACUUAAAUUUUAAAUUUACAGCGACAUUAUCUGUCUGCUUGAGGCUAUAAUAAUGUAGCUGCUAUGAACCAAUCAGCGGUAUGACCAAUUACCGGUAUGACCAAUCAGAAAACCGUUAUG